AUGAACCUGAUUGCGACCCGCGCUGUCCUGAAGCGCACCCAUGGCAACUCCAACUCUUCGUGCCGACACUGCGGCAGUACCGAGACCGAGACGCUUCCCCAUGUCCUGCAGCAUUGCCCCCACAACGAAGUCUCGAUUCGCGCCCGUCACGACCUUUCCCUUCGCCGUAUUGCCGCAGCGAUCGCCAAAGCCGACUCGUCGUGCCGUCUCCUCGUCGAGCAGCCGUUGCCCGAAUUCACUGACGCCCUUCUCAAGCCCAACAUCAUCCUCGUGGACGACGCCAACAAGACUGCCGCAAUAUGCGACCUCGCCGUGAGUUUUGACGACGGCAACAUUCAAGGGAGCGGCCUCACGGGGUUCCAGACGCGCGCCGCCGAGACUCGUCUGGCGUCCUCACUAAGCCCAUUGCCCAAGACGUCGAUGCCGCUGAUCGAGGCCCUCCAACAGUCCGCGCUGCUCAAUGGCAUCCGUGUCUCUCCGUCCCACGACGUUGCCAUGACCGCCUUCGCCGACGAUAUCAAGAUCUACAGCCGUUCGCGCGCGGGCAUCGCCAAAUUGCACUUUAUCAUGGCCGCCUUUCUCGACUGGACAACCAUGCGGGCCAACCCGGGCAAGUGCAUGUCGUUGGGCGUUCGCUUUGACGGGAGACGCCACGUGCCUGACAACGUUGGCCUGACCAUCCAUGGCGGCGACAUCCGCGCCAUCUCCUUGGACGACAGCUAUUGCUACCUCGGUGUGCGCGAAGGUUUCGACCAUUUCCAC